AACCAGAGGGAUACAUAACAGUGUAAGCAGGGGGACAGGCGGUACAGUGUGGGCACUGGAUGCAGUGAGACCGUGUAAGCAGGGGGGGCUACAGUGUAACAGAGGACAGUGUGACCAGGGAUACAGUGUAAACUGGGGGUGGGGGGAUACAGUGCAGCAGGAGGGAUACAGCCAGAGCAACUAAUUGGAUACAGUGUGGAGAGGGGUAAGUGGGAGCCAGAGAGGAUAAAUGCAGUGAGAUCACAGCAGAGGAGUUGGAGCGAGAGAGGGGGAUAACAAGCAGAGGGGAGACGGCGUAUGAUCGGGUACAGUGGGAUCAGGAGCUGUGUGUGAGCACCCACCGUGAUUGUGGAGAAGGAGUUCUACUGGGUCCCAGCGGGGGAAAGGUGCCCAGUGUGGCCCGAGCUGGCUCAGCAGGACUCGCUAUGAAUGAGGAGCAGUUCGUCAACAUCGACCUGAACGAUGACUACAUCUGCGGCGUGUGUAAGAUGGAGACGGCCAAGGAGAUGCUGUCCUUUUGCCACGUUUGCUUUGAGCUCAGCAUUGAAGGUGUGCCCAGGUGCAGCCUGCUCCACACGGAGUCCGUGCGUGGUCACCGCGAGUGCUUCGAGAAGUGUCACCUCAUCGCCAGCCAGGACCAGCCCCGCUCCAGGUCCACCAAGACCACCUACAGGGACGUGAAGGAGAUCCUCAGCAGGAAGAUCGGCCAGAUCAUCCACUACGCCCAGAACCACCACCCCGACCCUGACCUCCGCGGCUGCCGGCCGGCCCAGGUCAGAGGUGGCGACCUCGACCCCGCCUGCCUGCGGACGUACUUCCACCAGCCCAACGGGUCGCAGUUACCCCGUUACUCCCCCCGCUGGCUGGAGGCGGGAGCGCCGGCAUACUCGGAGUGUACCCGGGGCAUCUUGGUGCAGGAGCGGCGGUCUGGGAUCGGCCUGGGAGCGGACGCCAGCGGAGAAGCUCGAUGGUCAAGACAAGAUCGGCUCCCCAUGGACAACCCAGGGGGGGCCCAGUGUCACCCCCGCUACGCACGAGACGACUUGAGCGGGAUGGCGAUGGAUGAACUGAUGGUGCUAAAUGCCCAACUCCUCAAACAGAUCAAAGUGGUCUUCGAAGAUCUGACGCGAGAACUGGAGACGAAGGAUUCCCUCUCCUCCGAGCUUCACGUCCGUUACAUUGCCAUCGAGCAGCUCUUCAAGAACAGCUCCAAACUGCCUUGGUUACAGAUCGGUCGCAGAGGAGUCAAGCCCAGUGUCCCUCUCGACAACUGACCUUCUCCCCAUCUCCGACAAGACUCUCAAACCCCAACGCCGACAUUGAUAGAAGACUCUGAACUCCACUCGAUGUGGCAAAUAUUUUCUACCCUAUUUUGCAUCGCUAUUUACAGAGAGAAGUUUGGGAGCGUUUUAACUACGUGUGUGAAUCUAAUGUGUUUUUAAAGCCUUUUUUCCUGCUUUGCCACACCUUCAGUGUUUACUGCAAACUUGUUGGACUGAAGGAUUU